CUGCAAGCAGAGGGCAUAAAAGAACUGCUUCGGACACAAAUUCUUACAUAUUUCGAAGACAUUCGUAUUAUACUAGAAUUGGAAGCAAAAAGUUUGUCAAAAGGGUAUCAUGAAAUUACUUGUUCUUGUAUUUGCUGGAAGUGUUCUGUCACUGAUCUUUUCAGCAAAUGCAAAGAAAGCUGCCGUUAAACGUGUCUGCUUGAACGCAAAUUGGUGGAAUUCGUUCAACAAGUCCGGAUGGUCAAACUGUGGUGACAAAACGCGUUUUAUAACUGGCUUCUAUCGUAGCAAAAUUAUUAGUUUUAAUAAAGAUGAGAUUUCCAAGCUUGAAGAAGCACGAUGUUGCAUAUCAAGUCGAAAAUACCGAAAAAGUAAAAGCACUUGUAAAAUCGCCAACUGGUGGAGAUCUUUAAACAAGCCUAACACAUGGAGUUUUUGUUCAAAAGGAUAUUUUCUAAAUGGCCUGUUUCGUACAAAGGGAAACAAUUUACACAAUAUCGAAAUGGGAUAUUGCUGCAAACCAGUCAAUCAUCCCAAAACGUAUGGUCACUGUUACUACAAAUCCAUUAAAUAUGCCUUUAAUAAGAAAGGAUGGACAACGUGUGGGAGAGUUGGCUUCUACAUAGCUGGUUUAAAAAGAGGCAGAGGAAAUUGGCUUCACAAUAUUGACUAUUUGAAAUGCUGCAGAAUGUUUAUUCAUGCUUGUGCAAGAAGGCCUUGUAAAAACGGUGGCCUUUGUAAAAAUAUUGGAACGUCUUAUCAAUGUAAAUGUAGACAUGGUUACAAAGGGAAGAACUGUCAAAUUGAAUCUUUUUGCUUGAAUGCAAAUUGGUGGAAAUCAUUUGAUAAAAAAGGAUGGUCUCACUGUGGCAACAUCAGGCGUUUUAUUACUGGUUUUUAUCGGAGCAGACUUACCAGUUUUAAAAAAGACGAAAUUUCUAAGCUUGAAGCAGCACGAUGUUGCAAAUCGACACUAAAGUACAAGAACCGUAAAAGCAUUUGCAAAAAUGGCUACUGGGUGAAAACAUUGGAUAAGCCUGGAACAUGGAGUGUUUGUCCAAGAGGAUAUUUUCUAAAUGGCCUGUAUCGUUCAAGUGGAAACAACUUACACAAUAUUGAGCUGGGGAAAUGUUGCAAGCCAAAAGGUCAUCCGAACAAGUAUGUUAACUGUUACAACGAACUUACCAGACAAACCUUUGACAAGAAAGGAUGGUCAAGGUGCAAAAGAAUUGGUUAUUACGUCGCUGGAUUGUAUAAAGAUCGUAAUGGAGACUGGCUUCAUAACAUUGAUAAGCUUAAAUGUUGCAAGAUGUUUCGAGUCUGAGAUCAAACCAUACACUAGUAUAAUGAAAAAGAAGAUGAUGAACAUAGAUGAAAACAGUUUAGUAUAUUAAAGUCAAGUAAAUACCUAUAGAUUUUUAAUAAUGUGGCAAUAAAACAUAAAAAAAAAGCAAAGUA